AUGGCGGGGCUCGCGGUACCGACAAUCCAAAUUAACCUGCAUCACAGCAAAGGCGCCUCGGCGAUUCUAGCCAGGAGCAUGGCUGUGAUGCAGAAAGCAAUAGCAAUAAUUCAGGAGCCUUGGGUCCUGAAUAACGCUAUAAAGGGUCUGAGUGGCUGUGGAACCAUCUAUAAAACAGACACUCAGGACAAAAUUAGGACCCGCAUUGCAAUUAAGGGACUAAAUGCUAUUUUUAUGUCACAGCUCAGUGAUGGAGACACCACCGUUAUACGGACAAGGCUGGAAUACGAUGAGGACAGACACUUGGACUUACUCAUAGGGUCAGUCUACAUGCCCUAUGACUCCCAAGAAGAACCACCACCAAAAAGAGUGAGAGAACUGGUGUUCUAUGCGAAGGAGAGGGGGCUUGAACUCCUAUUGGGCUGCGAUGUAAACUCCCACCACAUAGGGUGGGGGAGCUCGAAUAUAAACCCGAGGGGAGAGAGCCUCCACAAAUUCAUUAUGGACACCGGCUUGAUGAUCCUUAACAGAGGAACGGUACUCACCUUCAUGGACUGCAGAAGACAAGAAGUAUUAGAUAUCACCAUUAGUACUGGGGGAGUGGCGGACCUGGUGCGGGACUGGAGGGUCUCUGGAGAGCCCUCGGGUUCUGACCAUAGACAGAUUCGCUACAAUCUCCGGCAUAUGGUGAAUAAGGAAUGGGGUCGUAACCCAAGGACUACAAACUGGGAAGGCUAUAGGAUGGAGGCCAUCCUAUAG